UCUGACAUCUUUCGAUCUCGACGGAGACGGUGAAUCAUCGUAACAGAGAAACUGGAGGCGUCUGCAUCUCGGUCUCUCCUACGAUGGAUCGUAACUCGCGUUCGUAUUCCUGCAGAGGCUGCAAGAGGACCGAGGGCCGAGCUAUGCCGAUGGAGUAACGAGUGAGCGGCGAAGCGGCGAAACGGCGUUGCCAUGACGACAGAGACUCACACUGUGGCGAUGACAGAUCCGCAGUUGGCGAACAACAACAACAACAACAACAACAAUAACAACAACAACAACAACGAUGGCGAGCCAAAGUACCUGCAUAAAAAGUUCAAGAAGAUGGCGACGACCGAGGUUGCGCCUAAGGUGGAGCCAAAGAAGGACGCCGGUGUGGCUAGCAACGGUUCUCCAGAGCCGGCUAAAAAGAAGGACUCGACCAAGGAGUCCAGAGAGUCGCCGAAAGAUCCAAUCAAGGUCGAGGCCUCACCGGAACCCGUGGACGGAGAGCCGACCGAGCCGAGGAAAAGCGGCAACGUGUGUCCUUAUUGCAGGCUAUCGUGCGCGAAGCCGAGCGUCCUGCAAAAACACAUCAGAGCUCACACCAAUGAGAGGCCGUUCCCUUGCGUGCCUUGCGGCUUCGCGUUCAAGACCAAAUCGAAUCUCUACAAACACCGUAGAUCCCGUGCUCACGCCCUCAAGAUGGAGGGUGGCGACGCAAGCAAGAUAUCGGAGGACUCGGACGUAAGCUUGUCCGACAGCGCUAGCAACGGUACCGGGACGCCACCGCCUCUACUAUCAUCCACGCCCACGACCACCGUGUCCAGCAUGAAAACGAUCAAAACCGGGAAAAUCUACAAACCAAAAUUUCACACGGCCCUCCAGUGCGUGAACAACGACAUCGAAACGUCUUCCCUAUCCUCCACAUCUUCCACAAACAGUUGCUCCUCGACGACAGCCUCGAGCACCACGCCAAAGCCUAAUCCAGAACAGGUGCAAGAGCACAUCGACAAAAUUAUCACGGAUAAUCAAGCGAUCGUCGACGCGGUCGAUCCUCGGCUACACAAGCUAAUUCAAAAGCAGCAAAGUCUCGUCGAGACGAAACAGUCCGAUCAGCCUUUGAAUCUCUCCUCCGCGGAGGAAUCCUCGUCGAGGAAACGAUGUUACAGCGAGAGCUUCGUUCCGGAGGACAAAGACUGUCCGAACGGACGGGAAGGUUCGAUCAUCAAAGACCUGUUGCUGAAGAAUCAAACUUCCAGCCAGGACGGCAUGACGGAGAACGAAAAUUACCUCUGUCCUUCCUGCAACAUCCCCUACUCGAGCAUCGACAACCUCGACGCUCAUCGCAGGUACUACUGCAAAGGCAGCGUGAGUCCCCGCAGAGAGUAUCAGCUGGAGAUGGAGAAGAGAGAAGCUGAUUUCGACUCGAAGUCUUCCGAUUACUACAACACGUUGCAACCCCUACCUUCCCCCGGGCCGCUCUUGGGCAACACAAGGCUGGUCGACGCGUACGCGCCACCGAUAAAGAAACAGAGAUCUGAGUCUGUGCCUACUUCGCUGCGAUCUCUCGAGGUGCUGAGCAAGUAUCCGCGGCCGAACUCGCUGCAAAUGUUCGGCGGCGAGGUCAGGAUACUGGACGACACCGGCGAAACGAAGACGAUGAGAAUCGAGCCGCGACAGAGGAACUCUCCGACGAACGAGCACAUAGUUAGCAGCAAGUGCGUGACCUCGGAGACAGCUUCGAUCGUGGUGAGAUCGGGCCUUCACUCUGGCGGCACGAUGGUUCACAAACCGCCUGGCACGCCGACCAGCACACCCAGUUCCUCUAUAUCUUUGUCGAACACGCCGAAAAUGUUGGCGCCAAUCAUACCGAACAUAUCAACCCCGAACAUAGCGCCGAGCAUGUCGUGCUACAAUUAUCUCGAGCCACACUUGAACCCUCUCACCAGUAUCACUGCCUACAAUCCUCUCACUUUGCCCCAGCCAGGAAUCACGAAUAUUCUUCACGGCGGCAAGGUCAUACCUUAUGUCCCCGGCAUGCCUGGACCACAUACUCUCACGCCAGCCAUAGACAUAUCUCCGAGUAUGGCGACCGGCGAGGCCGGGUACAAAGUGAUACCAGGCCUGCCUGGCCUCCACAUGAUCCCUCAGCCCUUGGAUCUCGCCAGUCCGGUGAAAAUCCAAACGCCGAACGUUCCUGGAAUUCCAGGCCCGAUGUCCAGCGGACACGUCUCGAUAAUCGGCCAGCCUCUGGAUCUCGCCAGUCCGGCUAAGGACGGCAAACUCGGCUUCAAAACACCCGUGAACGAGGUUUUGAAGGCCGGUUUGACCAGCCCGAAAGUUCCUAACGCCAAGAUCGAGAGCUCGUCGGAGAAGUAUCGAAGGGUGCCGUGUUCGAGCGAGAUCGGCAAACCGGAGUUCGAUCGUCAUAUCAAGAACAGCGUGGCUGUCAAAUACAAAGUGUUGGAGAGCCCGAGGGAGAAAUGGGGCGAGUUCUCGUACGACAGAAGCCCGAAGCUCGAGAAAGUGUUGAGUUACUCGAACGGAAUCGACACGGGUGCCGUUUCUUCCAAUUCGUACAAUAAACUCCGAUAUUCGCCGAAAGAGUCUUCCGAAAGCAGAAAGAGGCUGUCUACGUGGAGCGUGAGCGAACUGGAAGCAGGUAGAGCGUCUGUCUUUUCUCUGGGACACAGCGCUACCCCUAAGUACGAUUCACCUCCGCCACCUCUCGAGAACGGACGUUUGAAAUCGGCGACAGGUCCUCUCGGCGAGAGCAGAGGGAAGAUCGCCGAGUAUUCGAACACGUUCAACGGUGGUAAAACGAAACAGGACAGCGCGACCUCGAUGCUGCUCGUCAACCUGAACAGUUCUAAUAAAACAGAAGUGCCAAGCAAAACUUCCAUAGAUUUAGUCGUUAAGCCGGAUAGUAAAGCCGAGGCUAAAUCGCCGAAAAACGGCGACGCUGCUAAAGAAGAGACCAAUUCGAAUAAGUUCUUAAGGCCGACCUCGUUGCCGUUGAAGCCGGGUACUUUCACGCCUAAGAAGCAUCACGGUAUCACACCAACGGCGAACACGCUUCCGCUCAUCAGCCCUGAGACACCGCGACCGAAGAAAUCGUACGGGCAACUUUACCUCAACGGUCACGCUUAUACAUAUCUGGGCCUGAAAUGUUCAACCAGAGUGUUUUAUUGCACUCUGAACAGACCGCAGCCGAUGUACGUAACGCAACAACACGGUCUGUCCAUGUACUCGAACUGGAAGAUAUGCAAAGAGGCACCGCCCGACGUCGAUAUGGUGCAUUACGACUCGAGACACAGACCGUUCAAUUAUACGACAGCUUGGAAGAAGCAGGAGGACAUUUUGACGCAUUCCUCGCAGAGACCCACCACGCCAACUAGUCCGGACAGUGGUUUGGACAGUGACAUGCAGGAGAAGGCGAAGAGAGUGAAGAUAUUCGACGGUGGGUUCGAGAGCAACGAGGACUAUACGUACGUUAGAGGUAGAGGUCGAGGACGAUACGUGUGCGUCGAGUGCGGCAUUCGUUGUAAAAAACCAUCCAUGUUAAAGAAACAUAUCAGAACGCACACGGAUGUAAGGCCGUACACAUGCAAGCAUUGCGCUUUUAGUUUCAAAACGAAAGGCAACCUGACGAAGCACAUGAAAUCGAAGGCUCAUUACAAGAAAUGCGUGGAACUCGGCGUCGUUCCUGUACCAACGACGGUCUGCGACGAGAAUAUCGAUAAAGAGGCGAUCGCCCGUCUGGCGGCAGGUGGUAACACGGAAGAGUCCUCGGAGGAGGAGGAGGAGAGCGAGGGAGAGGAGAGCGAGGAGUCUGGAAGCGAGGAACAAGAGGCGGCGCAGAGUUUGCUAAGUCUCUCGCAGCGUAACACAAACAGCAGAUUUCCAGGACUGGUGCCGUCUGGAAGACCAACCACUUACCCUUACACCCUAACUUUCCCAACAACCUCCACCACGACGAGCGUGUCGAGCGCGAUAAGCAGCAACAGCCCGUUGAACAGUCAGACGGUCACCACUCAAGAAACAACCCUCGUGAGAAACGAGUUGUCCCACCGUUACUACUUCCCCUCGAGCCGAACCGGCCCGGAGGAGUCGAGAACGAGCGUGAUCCAGUCGUCGAAGAAAGAAAGCUCGGACCUCGAGGCGAACGAGAUCGACGCAGACUCGCGGAGCACGCUGUCACAGCCGAUGGAUUUAACGACAAAGCCAGCCUUGCAGCCAUUACCGUCGCCUGUGCUACAAAGAGCCAGGCCGGCGGACAUUUUGACUCCGGUCUCGGAGCCGGUGCUCUUGCAGACGAUCGUUCAGACAAUGGAGAGACUGCCGAUCCAAGGAAGAGAAUGGAAACCGGACACGGAAGGGCGCAUGCUGCAGGCGUAUCUUACCGAGAGGCACGUCAUGGACAGCAAGAUCAAGCAACAGUAUCGGGUAGGAAACACAAAGACGGAGAAACAGCUGAAGGAAAGGGACAUCUACUCGCAGCAACAGCACUCGCCGAAGUCGAGGAGCGUCGAAUCGGAGAACGUUCCUGUAACCACGUUCGCCGAUCCUGGGAAAAUUCAAAUAACCGCGAUAGACACGAGGAUCAAGCACGCGUCGAAGCACACCACGGAGGAUAUCAAGAUGGAGAUCAGGGAGAAGAUUUAUCAGAAUAACGUCGGGACGGAGCGACGAUCCUUCGACAUCGAGUCGAUUCACAGGGACAAGGAGCAGCAGGGAAGUCGAACUAACGAAAGGGAUAAUUUCGAUCAUAGUUCGAGCUGUCCUGUCAGCUCGAAGACCACCGGAGAGUAUAAUUUGUCCAAGAACAACAACUGCAUGGAGAGAUCGAAUUAUCUGGUGGAGUCUCCGAGUAGGAGUACACCGCAGAACGUGGAUUGUCAUUCCCCGAAGUCUUUCAACGUGGACGCGAACAAUCGAUUGUUGCCGAUACCGCACACGGGCAACGACGUCGACAGGAAUUCGAUAUACAGCUCGAUCAAGCCUAUGAACGAAUUGGAGAGGGUUCGAGAGUCUCACGCGGUUAGCCAAGAGAUCAGGUCGGCGAAUCACGAACUGAGAACGGUGUCUGCUGAUCUGAGAAUGCAGGCUCAGAGUCCGCGGAAUUUGGACGGAAUAAGGCCGCCUAGUAGAGAAAUUCGAGGGCCCUGUCAGGACUACAGGGGUCAGAUGCAGGACUUGCGACCUCCUAAUCAAGACUACAAAUUGUGCAGGCAAGAGUUGAGACCUCCUAGUCGAGAAUUGAAGCCACUGAAUCACGACGUACGCUCCAGUCAGGAGAUACCGUCUUCGAACAACGCGGAGAUGAGAUCGGCGAACGUGGACAACAGACCUCCCAGCAGAGAUAUGAUUUUAUUAUCCGAGUACAACAGGCACGCGCAGCCGCAAGAACCGAGAGUUAAUUACGACAUGAUGCCGUUAACGAUACACGAGCCGUCGAAAAUGCAAGAGGUAUCGAGGCCGCAGAACGUCGAGGUGAAACACACGGAAAUGACGAAGCAGAGUAUAACUGAGAGCAUCAAGCACACGGUUGUGAGGAAAAUGGUCGUUGGAGGACCUGGAUUCAGAUCGCCCUCGCCAAACGCAGGAACCACCAAACCGCAGGCUGAGUUCUUGCAGCCUUCGAAUGGACCUGCGCCUAAUUACGUCAGUGUGAGUGAAGACGGAAGAAGUGUCUGCGGAAUUUGUAACAAAGUGUUCAGCAAACCUAGUCAGUUACGGUUGCAUAUCAACAUUCAUUACUUCGAGAGACCAUUCAGAUGUGAAAGUUGCGCGGUUUCAUUUCGAACCAAGGGUCAUUUAACAAAACACGAAAGAUCUGUUUCUCAUCAUAACAAGGUCAGUAUGACUUCUACGUUCGGAGCUGCGACCACCAGCAAUCCUAGACCAUUCAAAUGUACUGACUGUAAAAUAGCAUUCAGAAUACACGGCCACUUGGCGAAGCAUCUUCGUAGCAAAAUGCAUAUUAUGAAAUUAGAGUGCUUAGGUAAAUUACCGUUCGGAACGUAUGCUGAGAUGGAAAGGUCCGGUGUCAAUUUAAAUGAUAUUGAUACUACCGACUGUGAUAAUAGUCUUACUAGUCUUCAGAUGCUGGCUCAAAGACUUUGUGAAAAAGAUCCUAGUAAAAUAGGUCAGUGGGAUUCUGAGGCAAUUCCUGGUCAAAUAAUCAGCGGAGGCGAAACUUCGUCGGACGAGGGUGAGCCUAUACCACAGCACGCUAUGCAUCCAUACCCUGUGAAAGUAACAGACACGGAUAUGUCUCGAUCAUAUCACGUGCCAAUCAUGAACGAAGAUCCGAAAUCGGAUAUUCGCCUCGCGAACCUUCAGUUCAAUCAACAGAGGCGCGACUACGGUGGAAAAGAGAGGUUAAGCCAGUCCACGUUCCCUGUAGACGAUACAAAGCCGAACGAAGAAACACAGUCGUACAAGUGCCAAGUUUGCACGGUGUCUAUGCGUACUAUGAACGAGUUACAAGUACAUUGUUUUGUUGAACAUAAUAUCGAAUCAGAUUCUAAGAGGAAGAGAAUACUCAGAAAAAGCUAAUGGAAGAACCUGUAGUCAAGGAGGAUCACAGUAGACAGAAAAUUGAAGACACAUAGUGCCAAA